GGAGUGUUUACGCGGUUUGGGAGUCACUGGACUUUUUAUCAAAUAUUGCCAGCGGAACAUGAUAUACAUCGUAAAUAUUAUAAAAAAAAAAAAAACGUAGUCCAAAACAUUAUGUGUAAUUGAAUUGAUAGUACUUAAUACACACAUUUAUCAAAUAAUAAGUAUAUAUUGACACGUUUCACACUCUCAGGAAAUCCGCUUGACUAAACCGUGCGAUUUCCUAUAUGUAUGUAAUGUUACAUUGAAAAUUUAAUGUUGUCGAUACCAUGACGUCGGACAAUCAAAAUGAAACCCAGUCCAGGUUAUAUUUCCUCAAUGAACAAUUACAAAAAAUGGUCAAAGAAUUACCUAGGUAAAUUUUUGUUAUUUUUAAUUUAGUACACGGUUGAUGCACUCUAAUAUCGGACUUCCUUAAAUGCCAGAUAGGUAAUAAUAAUAAAUAAUUAAUUUUCUGUUUAUCUGUCUAUAAAUAUAUAUAUAUAUAGGAAAUACCAACAACGUAUUCCCAAUGAGCUACUCUGCGAGUUGGCAGAAUGCCUUUUGGAUGAAACACUAUAUUCCAUUGUUAAGGAACUGGCUGAUAUACAACAUGUCACCGAAAAACAAAUGUUUCAAAAGCGAUUGGAAAUGAUAAACAAACAUUCAGGUAAAAUUUAAAAAAAAAAAAAAAAAAAACCCAUUUCUCAUUUUUAAUACUUACCUAUAUUAGUUUUAUCAAUGAGAAAAAUCAAACAUUACUUUUGUUCAAGUUGGUAUACAAAAACUACUUAAGUCUGAUUCAGUCGAACCGGGUAAAACUGAAAAAAGGCUAAAACUUCAAGCGGAACAUAGAAAAAAUUUAAAAGAAUUUGAGAAAAAAAUAGUGUCCGAACUCGACAAUAAGGUAAUCAUAUAGUUGUUUAAUAAAUAUAUCACAAAUUUGAUAUUUAUUACCAACAUAAGUACAUAGUAGUUUUUUAUACAUGUAUGUAUAUGAUUAUAGAACAGAAUAUAAAUAUUAGAAAUUAGUAUAUUCAUUGUAAUGCAUCUCAUAAUCUAAUAAUUUUUAAAUUAUAAAUUAUGUAUUAUGUAAGGCACCAUAUCAAUUUAAAGGGUUAAAGCAUUUACACAAUAAACAGACAGAUAGUUAUUUUCAAAGUACUUAAUUGCAAUUUUAAGAUUUAUACUUUUUAAUUUGUCUGUAGAGAAGAGAACAACAGAAUAUAUUAUCAAUGGCUGGUGUACCUGGGUUUGAAGUAACAGACGACCCUGGCCGUAUUCAAGUUCAGAUACGCAUAUGCGAUUUUAUCAUAAGAUUGAGUUUACUCGAUAAAAAACCAGAAGAUGUGUAACAAAAAAAAGAAAACACUAUUGAAAAAGUUAAAUUGUCAUUUAUGCUAAAGAAAAACAAUAAAAAUAAAAUCCCAUAAAUUGUAUAAUACAAUUAAAUUGAAAUAAUCAGUGGAGUGAAACAUAUUUAUAGAAAUAUUAAUUUUAUCAACUCAUACUUUAAUGUAACACGAAAUUUGUAAAAUGUACAAUUGACAAAUAUACAUUUUUUUAUUUUAAGUUUAUAUAUGUACAUACCUAGUAUAUGUUUAAUGAAUUAUUUAAUAAAAGAAAAAUAAUUAAAUUUUAAAAAGUCUGAUUAUCCAAUCGCAAUUUUUUUUUUAUGAAUUCAACACAAUUGUUUCAACAUGUUAUCUUUUCAACAUUAAUACACAACAUUUAUGUAAAAACUAGUUAUAACUUAUAAGAAAACAAAUAUAAGAAAAAUGAAUCUGCUGAAAUAAAAAUAAUUGUGAAAAAAAAAACUAAAAAAACAAAUAUCCAUUAGUUAUUGAAAUGUUAAUUUUGUAAUAGUAAAAAUACAGCUGUGUCUGAAGAUGUUGCUUGAACCACAACCUUUUGAUCCAACCGGUUGGCCGCGUCAAUAUCGGUUGGAGUGUAAUAAAUAACAUCAGAAUCAUCUUUUUCUUCAAAACCAAUACCCCAAGCCAUUAAUUUAUCUGAAAAAAAUUAAAAUAAAUGUGUAUAACAUAAUAUGAUUGCUUGUAUUCAAUAAUAAAAUGAAUAUUAUUACUGUUUUCUGUAAUGACAAAAGUAUUGUCUGAACCACAUGUAGCUAGUUUAAUUUGUGGUAAUGAUGAUAACACUUUGGGUACUUUUUGGUUUUCCGCUAUGUCCAUACCCAAACGUCCAUCUUUGUAAUCACCUAGUACAUAUACAGCGCCUAAACAAUG